CACACACCCGUUCAUCAGCAUUGUCAGCAGUACUCCCGGGAAAUUUGUACUAAACACUGCCCUACUACUAGUUUGCUGCGGGGUGAGCGAGCAUAAUAGUUGUUGACAUACUGGUUAGUGCAAGAAGGGUGGUCGUUGACAACAGCUGACUGACUGACUGAGCUGGAACUGGAAGGAGUUGGUCAGCAAGAAACUCACCAUUUCCUAGACUAGUAAUAGUAUAGGCCUACCCAGUGCCUGUCACGUAGGCACUAGCUAGAGUCGGAGUAGAAAGAGAGACACACUUCCGUUCCGGUGUUUUGAUGAAAUUUGACUUUUGUUUUAAAGCCAUUUAUUCUUCCUGGAAGAUUGAUCAGUGAUUUGAGACUCAGCGUUGAUUACAUUGUAAUUUACAGCCAGGAGGGACAUUCUUCGUAGUCCAGAAAGGAGUAAACCAAAGUGUAACAUGGCAGGGAACGCCCCACCAGGACUACCGCCAAAGCUUUCUAGCACUGUAGAGUUACGCUUUUCCUGUAAGAAUCUGCCUGAUAAGGAUAUUACUUCCAAGUCGGAUCCAGUUGCAGUCUUAAUGGUGUUUGAUACACUGCAGAAAGUAUGGGUUGAGGUUGAUCGGACAGAGCAGAUCAAGAACAAUUUGAAUCCUACCUUCACCAAGGGGAUAACGAUUGAGUAUUGCUUUGAAGAGGUCCAGAAGCUUCGUAUUGGAGUUGUCGACAUCGACAAUAAGUCUAAAUCAUUAAAUGAUGAUGAUUUUCUUGGUGCUAUAGAGUGCACUUUGGGAGUGAUUGUUGCUAGCAAAAAACUUGAAAAACCUCUUAUGUUGAAUAGUGGAAAACCAGCAGGAAAAUCAAUGAUAACGAUUACAGCAGAAGAGAUGGCAGAGAACAACGAUGCACUUAUCUUGUCUUUCAGAGCUCACAACUUGGACAAAAAAGAUAUGAUGGGCAAAUCAGAUCCCUUUCUUGAGUUUUAUAAAGCUGGUGUUGGAGCAGAUGACUGGCAUAAAGUUCACGUAACAGAGGUAAUCAAGAACACACUAAACCCUACAUGGAAACCGUUUAAGAUCUCACUGCGUACUCUCUGCAGUGCUGACUAUGACAAAAAGAUCAAGGUGAUGUGUUUUGAUCAUGAUGAGGGAAGUGCAAACGACUUGAUUGGUGAAUUCUUUGCCACUGCUCGACAACUGGUCGAGAGUGGUAACCGACAGGUAGAAUGGGAAUGUAUUAAUCCCAAGAAGAAGCUGAAGAAGAAAAACUACACAAACUCAGGAACUGUCUACCUCUCAAAGUGUGAGGUUAAGAGACAGUACACGUUCCUUGAUUAUAUAUUCGGUGGUUGCCAAAUCAACUUCACGGUUGGAAUUGACUUUACUGGGUCCAAUGGUGAUCCAACUGAAGCUUCAUCUCUUCAUCAUAUCAACCCAGCAGCACCAAAUGAAUAUACAAAGGCAAUAGUAGCAGUAGGUGGUGUCAUUCAAGAUUAUGAUAGUGAUAAAAUGUUUCCUGCCUUGGGAUUUGGAGCCAAGAUUCCACCUAAUCAACAAGUUUCUCAUGAGUUUGCUAUCAACUUUGACGCAUCUAACCCUUACUGUGCAGGUGUUGGAGGAAUAGUAGCUUCCUACCAGAGUUGUCUUAGACAGAUCACCCUUUGGGGACCAACGAAUGUAGCACCUAUUAUCACCCAUGUUGCCAAGUUUGCAAAGGCAGCAAACCAAGAUAAGAAAGCCUCGCAAUAUUUCAUUCUGCUACUAUUAACGGAUGGUGUCAUCACAGACAUGUAUGAAACAAGAGAUGCAAUUGUCCAUGCAUCCAACCUUCCGAUGUCCAUCAUCAUUGUAGGAGUUGGGAAUGCAGACUUUUCUGAUAUGCGGAUGUUGGAUGGGGAUGAUGGGGUACUUAGGUCACCAAGUGGGGAACCAGCUUGUCGAGAUAUUGUCCAAUUUGUUCCUUACAGAGAUUUCAAACAGGCGUCACCAGCCAAACUGACCAAGUGUGUUCUAGCAGAGGUUCCUAAGCAAGUAACACAGUACUUUGAGAUGAAAGAUCUGCAUCCUCCUCAAAUAACUCGUUAGUAAAGCGCCCUCUAGAGUCACCUUCUGCAGUCUUCUCUUUGUUUAGCAAUAUUAGAUAUGUAUUUUGACAGAUUUUAGUACAAUAUAUUAUCAAGACAUGUGUCAAAGUACUGACUUUUGUUGAAUGCUAUCUUCAUGACAGCAACAACAAUACAUUGAUGCAACAAAGGAAAUAAAACCCAUUUGUUUCCUGGAAAUGUUUUGAUUUCAAAUCUUUAUGCAAAGUGCAUAAUUACUAGUAAUAUUUGUCUUACUAAAUAGAUUAUUGUACCAAUAGAUUUAGUCUCUUACUAACAAAAAGGUGUAUAGAUUAUUCUGAAUUGUGUCAAUUUCCAUCAUUUGUGGGCAUUUAAAACAAACAGGACCUAUCAUUGGAUUUAAAAAACAAACCCUGUUCAAUCUGUCAUUUUCAUUGAAAGGCUUCUGUAAAGGACUGUGGCAUAGCCCUCCCCCCUCCCCCUUAUAGGCAUGCUACAAACUAUCAUUGGAUAGUAACAAACUUUCUAUUCAAUCACUCAUUUCAACUGAAAGACUUCAGUCUGUAAAGGACUUUGGCAUAACCCCCUCCCCCUUAUAGGAAUGCUAAUGUACGUACCAGUUAUGACAGAGCAGAGAGUCACAAUCAUGUCCUGGUGUCACUUAAGAAGUCGCUUCAUAAUUUGGAGGUGAUUUAAUGUUGAGAUUCCGACAAUAAUUCAAUUUUAUUUUAUAAAUCAUGACCUUUCAUUAAUUGGAAAAAAAAUUCAUAUAAUAAAUUAAACAAAAGCUUAUAGCUUUCUUGAUUCUAUUCAACUAACUAUUUCUAAUUUAAAUGUAAAUUUCCAAGUCAAAUUGGUUGAACAUUUUGGUCUUGUAUCUUAAAAGGAGAGCUGAGAGGGCCAAAAAGGCAAGUCAAAGUCAGAACAAUUUCAUAUCAAUCUUGUUUAACAUUCUGAACACAUUCUUCCAAGGUGUAAGAUGAAGCAAUGUUGAAUGUUGUUCUUCUAAAGUAUUGUACGAACAACAAAUUGUAAGAACAACAAACAAGAGUUUUGAUAAAAAACCAUGACGAUAAAAGAGCAAAAUUUAAUAUCACUGCUUUAGUUUUGAUCUGUAAGAUGAAGCAAUUGGAGGAGGUAAACUUAGUUCAAUUCAUAUGAUUAUUUAAAUUCUAACCAACUCGGAUAAAUCAUGCAUACAUAAUUUUAUCACAAUUAUUUAUCAUAAUUGAAUAUCACUUAUAUAAUAUUUUAUUUUUUUAAUAAAGGUCUUUUGUUAUUUGUCAAAUCUUUUAAAUUUUAUUCCAUUUUCAAUUAUCAGUUAUGAUAAAAAAAACGUUUAUUCUUGGCACAAAAUCUGUUUUCAUUUACAUCUACAAAUAAUUUUACCAUUUUAAAACAACACAUUUCUCUUGGUGAAAUGACCUCCUAAAGCCACUAAAUUUUGUUUCUUCUUAUUGUGGCUUAUUUUGUACUGCUUUUCCCUAAGCCCAAGUUGCAUUUGAGUUUGUCACUUUAUUUACCUUUGCAUCCCUUACAAUGUAUGUUAUCAAGCAAGGCACUUAUUUUUUCAUAACAAGAAAUGGGAGCUUGAUUGAUGUUGUAAAUCUUCCAGUUAAAAGAAGUUAUUAAUGGCCGUAAUACAAACAAUCAUGAAACCAGUCCCAGACUCAAGUAUUACACUUUUUACCAACAUUAAUAUUUUGUGGUCAGCAGGACAACUUAACAAUCAGGUAUAUCAUAACUAAGAUGGAUAUUGACUUUAGAGAAAUACACAAACAAUUGGUUUUUAAGUGUUUCAAAAUUUACUUGGUAUUUUUUUGUUUUUCUAUGCUGAUUGUUUUGCUGCAAUGUUUAUUAUUGUUGAAAGGUUCUACACAUUUUUUUCAAAAGAAAAGCACCUUUCCUCAUACAUUUACUGUUUACUUAGAUGGUUCACUUUUAGUAGUCUUGCAUUUAUUUACACUUGAACUCUGUUUUUAUUUUGUGCAUCGUAUACAGCAAUAAGAACCAAAUAUGUACACCCAAAUUGAAGAUUGAAUCCAUUUCUACUUAGCAAAGUGCACCAUUGUAAUUUACACAUUUUGUUUUUCUAUGGAGAGUUAAUGCUGUACUGUAUUUCUUAUGCACUACUUCCAGUAAUAGAAAAGUAUACAAAUAUUGACUGCUUCAAGUGCUACAGUGAAAACUACGUCUCCCGAGGUGAUCCCUGGAGCAUUCUACUUUUCCUGAGGCGUGCCUGAGGGAAAAUGGAAUGGUCCGGGGAUCAGCGAGGGAGUCAGAGUUUUAAUCAUAGCACGAGUCAAAGCAGUCAAUAUUUAUUUUAUAACACCCUAACAGACUAUUUAUCAACCUCGUACACAUAACGUUCGUACGUGCAUUGCAUAUA